UAACAUCAAAGUAAAAAAGAAAAUCAUGUUCAAAUCACCUCGAUUUAGACAGUUUGUUAUAAUAGGAGUAGUGAACUUGACUAUAAUAACAACUGGCAUGAGUCUGUUAUGGCCAUCGCCUGUGCUGGUCAAACUUCGCAAUGCAACAGAGACGCCAUUACAUCGACCAAUCACCGACGAGGAGGGCUCAUGGAUAGUUUCUAUCCCAUCUCUUUGCUAUAUAUUCACACUCAGUCUUCUAGGUAUGUUACAAGACUACAUCGGGAGAAAGUAUUGUGUGCUAUUGACUUGUAUUCCGAAGGUGUUAAUGAGCAUUCUUUUCAUCUUUGUGAAGGAGGUGUGGGUAUUGAUUUUGGGGCGCGCGAUCAUUGGUAUUGCGGAUUUCUUCUUGCUUUCAAUUAUUCCUGUUUAUGCUUCAGAAAUCGCUGAUAAACACCUACGUGGAGCUCUAUGUACAUUUCUCCAAGUGUUUUCAUCAAUAGGCGGUGUCCUGACAAUGUCGAUUGGCCCGUUCGUGUCAUAUACCUCAUUUAGUAUAGUAUUCGCUGUGUUGAACUUGAUUACUAGUAUUCCCAUAUUAUUCUUACCUGAUAGUCCAUAUUUCUUGUAUUCUAAAGGAAAAACAGACGAAGCAAUUAAAGUCCUAAUAUUUAUUCACGGCUUGGAACAAGUGGCCAAAGAAGAGAUUAUAAUAUACGCGUCCUCUAUGAAUAAUGAAAAAGUCAAUAAAAUAAAAUUAAUAAAGAACCCAGUAUUCUUAAAAUCGCUUUUUAUAUCUGUGGUAUUUGCCUUUUCUACUCAACUAGUUGGAUUCACAGCGGUAUCGUUUUAUUUGCAAACGAUAUUGGAGUCUACAAAAACUAAUGUAAUGCCUGAAGUAGCAUCAGUGAUAAUGAGUUUGAUACAACUGUUUGCGAGCUUUUGUUCGACGCCAGCGACUCAUUGGUUUAAAAGAAGGCACAUAUUAAUGUUAUCAUUCUCUGGUAUACUUGUAGGAAUGGUUGGUUUAGGUGCAUUUUUUAAAGUGAGAGAAAACGGAAAUGAGAUUAUCGGUUUUAUGAAUUAUUUACCAUUGAUAUCAUUGUUUUUAGUUAUUUUUUGUUACAGCGCAGGUAUAGGAACGUUAUUGUGGAUAUUAGUGGCAGAGUUAUUCGAUGGUCCGGCGAGAGCACUUGGCGUUGGAAUCAGCCUAAUGUUUGCUAGUUUGGGCAUUUUCAUUAGUUCCAAAUAUCUGGUUGCGUUAACGACUGCGGUCGGUCCAGCUAUAACGUAUUGGUGUUUCGCAGUUGUAUGCGCAUUGAGCUGUAUAUUCGCAUUUUACUGUAUACCAGAAACUAAAGGAAAAACAUUUAAUGAAAUACAAAUGGCUAUUGCUGGGCAAAAAGUAAAAUGAUGAUUCAUUAAUACCAAGGGAGUAAUCUAGGGGGAAAGGGGGGUUACAGUAUUUUUUUAAAUAAUUUAGUGAAAUACUGGCAACUCUUUUUGUGUUAUCUAUGUGGAUAUAUAGGGACUGUAGGCAUCUAAAUAUCUUGUAGUAGAAUAUAUAAUUUAUAACUAAACA